AAGCCAAAUCACCGAAUGUGCAAUGAAAGGUUCAACAUUAGGAAUUACCGAUGGAUGCAAGGAAUGAUCUACGCAAUUAAGGAAAUAAAUGACAAUUCAACACUGUUACCAGAUGUAACUUUGGGUUAUGCCAUCUAUGAUACUUGCUACAAUAGCCCAACAGCAAUAGAAGAUGUGUUUGCACUGGUAUCUGGGCAUCGUAAGUUCACGCCAAACUACCAGUGCCAGUUAAAUUCUACCUUAGCUGCUGUGGUGGGUGCAUCAACCUCAGCGAUCUCAAUUGCCAUGGCAACAGUACUUGGGAUUUAUCGGUACCCCCAGAUCAGUUACUUUUCAUCCAUCCCAAGUCUCAGUGACAAAGAAAGAUUCCCGUCCUUUUUCCGCACCAUGCCAAGUGAUAUAUUUCAGUCCAAGGUCCUUGUCAAACUGAUCAAACACUUUGGUUGGAAGUGGGUGGGAGUAUUGGCAGAUAACGUGGACUAUGGCAUUCAAGCAGCCGAGAUGUUCAAGAUUCAAAUGGAGCGUAUGGGAGCCUGCAUUGCCUUCAAUGAGGCGAUCCCAAUCGACGGCUCCCAAAAAAAGUACCGCGAGAUUGUUGAAGUGAUAAGAAAGUCAACCGCGAAGAUCAUUGUUGCUUUUUCUUGCGACACCAACAUCGUCCCCUUGCUUGAAGAGAUUGUGAGACAAAACAUAACAGACAGAACGUGGGUGGCAACCGAGGGCUGGAGCACAUCAGGGCCACUCAGUGCUAUCAGAAGAGAGCACGCUAAGUACUGGACCGGAACCAUCGGGCUAACACUCCCACUAUGCAAACUUGAGGGGUUCCAAGAGUUCCUCUAUGGAAAAAAUCCGGUGACAACCCGUGAUGAUACUUUCAUAUCUGAGCUCUGGGAAGACAUCUUUGGUUGCAAGUGGGCUUAUAAACUUCCAUCAAACGUAAGUCAAGCUGAUGUGAAGAAAUUGUGUACCGGCCUGGAAGACCUGAGGAAAGCGGAUCACGCCUAUACGGAUGUCAGUAACUUCCGCAUUGCCUGCAAUGUCAUCAACGCUGUGUAUGCUAUUGCUUAUGCCCUCCAAGACCUGCAGUCCUGCAGAAAUGGGAAAGGGCCCUUUGAAAAUGGAACAUGCGCAAACAUACGUUCUUUUGAACCUUGGCAGCUUCUACAUUACAUGAAAAAUGUUCGCUUUGUCGACCGAUCAGGGAUGGAGAGAUAUUUUGAUAAGAACGGUGAUUUUUUAGCCGUGUAUGAUAUAAUAAACUGGCAGGUGUCUUCCAAUGGAAAGAUUCGUUACGUGACUGUAGGUGAAUAUGAUGCCAGAGAAGAACCGGGGCAUGAGCUAACCCUCAGAGAACAGGACCUGGUCUGGACUGGUGGCACGAGGCAGGUUCCUCGCUCUGUGUGCCGUGAAAACUGUCGCCCGGGAACUCGGAAAAACGUUGAGGAGGGAGAGUCGAUCUGCUGUUUUGAUUGCAUCCCCUGUGCAAACGGCGAGAUAUCAAAUGGCACAGAGUGUUUUGAGUGUCCGGAGGAUUACUGGUCCAAUAAGCAGAAGGAUACGUGUGUGCUGAAGGAAGUGGAAUUCCUUUCGUUUGAUGAACCACUGGGGAUUGUUUUAACUUUCUUUUCAAUACUCGGGAUCGCCAUCUCUGCAGCUAUUUUGGCGAUAUUUAUAAAGUUCAUGAACACACCCAUUGUACGAGCUAACAACUAUGAGCUUAGUUUUCUCCUCUUAUUUUCUCUGACAUUGUGCUUCCUGGCCUCGCUCGCCUUCCUUGGGCGACCGACGGUCAAAUUUUGUAUCCUCCGUCAGAUAGGAUUUGGUAUUGGCUUUUCCCUCUGCCUCUCUUGCAUCCUCGUGAAAACCAUUGUGGUGGUACUGGCUUUCACAAUGACCAAACCCAACCAAAACGCCCUAAAACGCUUUCGGCCUAUGUAUCACCGUGUGAUUGUAGCAUCCAUUACCUUCAUUCAGAUAUGCAUCUGCAUUGGAUUCCUCUUGUCCUCGCCCAUCUCUGUGCAGAAGGACGCAACAGUCGCAGUUGGUAAAAUUAUUUUAGAAUGCAGCCAAGGAGCAGAACAAACGUUAUUUGCUAUUUUAAUUUACAUUGGGCUCUUGGCUAUUCUCUGCUUCAUAUUGGCAUUUCUAGCUCGGAGGUUGCCGAACAAUUUUAACGAAGCCAAAUUUAUCUCUUUUAGCCUCCUUAUCUUCUUUGUGGUCUGGGUUUCCUUCAUACCUGCCUACUUCAGCAGCAAAGGGAAAUAUAUUGUUGCAGUGGAAGUGUUUGCUAUUUUGGCCUCCACCUUUGGCCUGCUUAUUUGCAUUUUCUUCCCGAAAUGUUAUAUUAUUUUGUUAAAGCCUGAACUGAACACAAAGCGUGAGAUGAUGGGGCGUGAUUCAUCAACAAAUUUGAGAAUUGUUGAUUCUUGAUCCAGAUUUCUAGUUUGACUCAUUGAUGAG